AUGGGGUCUAGCAUAGAACCCUUGCCCAGGGAAACGGAUGAAGACCUCAACGGUGGAAUGGGCGGAGACAGCAGGUGUUGGAACGGCCAGACCAGUGGAAGAGGCGAGCCACAGGGGCGUAGAACCUGGAACCUGAUGGAGGGCAGCGGUAGCCAUCAGGACCUAAGUGAAGUGCAAAACGGUUAUUUCUGGACCGGUUCA